AUGAACCUGAACUAUACAUCUCCAAGCGCGCAGAUGCCCGCGCAGAGGUCAACCUCCUUCUUCAUAGAAGAUAUUCUUCUACACAAGCCCAAGCCUUUACGGGACGUCUUUCCAUCGCCCUUUACCAACUCGCUCGCCUCCCGGAUGCCACUGCUUGAAUAUGGAUACCCCCUCAUGCCCACACCGAUUCUUGCCUCCCAUCCGCACCAUCCUCUGCACAAACCCGAGCAUCACCCCUACUUUUUUAGCUCAGGUAUGCAGAUGCCGUCGUUGUUCCAGCAUCACCCGGAGCUGCCGGGGAAGCACUGCCGGCGCAGGAAAGCGCGCACCGUGUUCUCAGACUCUCAGCUGUCGGGGCUGGAGAAGCGGUUUGAAAUGCAGCGAUAUCUCUCCACACCUGAGCGGGUGGAACUGGCGACAGCACUCAGCCUGUCAGAAACACAGGUAAAGACUUGGUUUCAGAACAGGAGGAUGAAGCAUAAAAAGCAGUUAAGAAAGACACAAGAGGAACAGAAAGGUCCAGGAGACUCGGACAGAUCUUUGGAAAGCUGCAGUGUGAACGACAUGCAGGAGAAAAACGCACCAGACCUGAAGGGCUCCAUGAGUCCCGGUACAUACACGGUGGAUGAAAAUGAAGAUGAUGUGGAUAUCGAGGACGACAUCUGCUCACCUGAGCAUUUACUAUAAACUGUAAAAUC